AUGCACGGGGCAGACGUUGCCGCCUUGCUCAACGCGCUACCGGCGUCGACGCUACCCGUCGAGCUCAUCGCGCUCCGCGACCUUGGCGCUGUCGUAAACCUCGCUUGCCACUGGCCGGUCGUGCACAUCACCAAGAUUCCGAUCCAGUACGCGCGCCUCGGUAUCACCGCGCUGCCAGCUUUCGCCGGUGUCUACAUUGACGCAGGCUUUACGACCCUCGUUUGGCUGGAUGCGACGCUACCGCCAACGAUGCCGGUGACGCUUGUCGUGGACCCCUCGGUGACUGGAUUGCUUGGUGCCUUUGCGUACAACUGGGGCGACCGCAUCACAAAUGUCAUCGUCAAGAGCCACGAGGUACAGCCCGACCCGAUCCCCGACAUUUUGUCGCGCUGCGUCAACGUCCAGUCUGUGACGAUUACGAGCACGAUCCAGAACACGAUUACGCCAGUCGCCGCAGCGAGCUACUUGUCGGUGCUUCGGACAACACAGCUGGUCGCGCUCAACGUGACGGUCGCGGCUCCAGAUGCACUGGACGUCAUGACCGUCGUUGCAUGGCUCCAAGGACCCAGUGCAGCGUCGCUUUCGCUUCCGUGUGUCUCUGUGAGUGACCCGACGGCGCUGGCGAGCGCGAUCCAAGCCUGCUCGACGCUGGCGACCUUGCGUCUGGACUGUGCCGUGGACGUGCAGACAGCGCUGGUGUCGUCGCCAACGACCUUGCACCACAUCACGGCGCUAUCAUUGAGCCAUUCCUCGGAGCUCAUCACGCUGCACGAAGUUCAAUUUGAUCACACGCAGAGUGUGCCGACGAUCAUUCAGUGGCUCUCGUCGUCGCGCCAUCUUACGUCGGUGGACUUUACUUAUACGAAGCUCGGGAAGGAAGGUGUCUUGGCCCUGGCGCGUGCGUUGCCUGUCUGGAUGGCGCGUGGGCUUAAGAUGCUGACGCUGUAUGGCACAGAACUGACGGACGAUGACGUUGUCGUGCUUACACUGACGUCAACGUCUUUGCUACUGGCGACGCUGGGGGCAUGCCACAACGUCACGCUGCGUUUGGGCCACCGCUUUGGAAAAUUCGACCCACAACAUUGGUGUCACAAGGCAGCCAAUGAAGAUCGAAUCCAGGACCUCGUGGACGUGCACGGACUGCAGUCGACUGAGCCAGGCGUGUACACAUCCCCCACGCGCGCGUCGUCGCCAUGGCAAACACUCUAA